UUAGAAUUAUUUUCUUCAGUCGAGUUUUGUACGUCGGUUGAUGCGGUGAUAUUAUCUCUCUCUCCAUUUUGCUGCUUUUUCGAAGUGUUGUGGAGAAAUACAAAUCCCUCUUCGCAUUCGAAUACAAACAGAAUUUAAACAGAAAAAAAAAAGGAUUGCAGUGGGUGUUUUAAUUAAUUUUUUGUGAAUUUGUUUUGUUGAUGUCAGUGAAAGCAAUAAAAUAAAAGGGCAAAUUAGUGAGGUGCAUCCGAAAUAGAGGUGAAUUUUGUGUUGAACCCAAUUUACAGUUUAAAUGAAAAAUUAAAGUCAACGAAAAUGUGCGAUUAUUUAAAAACUAUGCCCGUAGGAUGAUUAAUAAUUGAUCAUUUCUAAUUGUAGAAAUUUUCAUUGGAGUUGCGUAUUAUUUCUUAAAAUAAAUAGAAAUUGAAAUAAAAGUAAAAAAAUUGAAAAAAAAAAUUAAAAUAAACGAUGGAUAAACCGACAAUUACCCCAGACAAUAGGGGUCCGCCAACGUACACCUUUGUCAAUAUAUUGUUCUAUACACUGUGCAUAACAUCGUUCGGAUUUUCAAUUUUUAUUUAUUUACGACAAUCCCAGAUUGAGGAUAGCGUCCGGUAUUUACGUCAUUUAGAAGAUCGGAUGACCACAUUAGAAGUUCGACUUCAGCAAAGUGAUGUGCCACCACUAUCAGCGUAUCGGCAAACAUCAAAGUCCGAUGAAUUUGCCGACAUUGCUAGUGAUAUGCGAAAAUUAUCGCUACAAGUGUCCGGUAUACAACGCUUACGUAGGGAUGUAUCGCAUUUACAGAUUGGACGACGUGAACGACAGGUAUCCGUGCAGAGCAAUGACUGCGGAUGUCCACCAGGUCCGCCCGGUCCACCCGGCAAACGAGGGAAGAAAGGAAAGAAGGGUGACGCUGGUGAACCCGGUCCAGUUGGUCCUUCUGGUCCGCCAGGCAAAAAUGGUUUUCCGGCGGCAAGAGGUCCCAAAGGUGAUCGCGGUUUUAUGGGACCGAUUGGAUUAGAUGGACCCAAAGGCGAACCUGGACGUCCUGGCGAAAAAGGAUCAAAAGGUGAAAGUGCUGGCAUCGAUGUUUUCCAAGCGGUUAAGGGUUUAAAGAGAUCAGUUACGACACUUCGCGGAGGAUCCCUAGGCUACGCCGAAAUUGUAGCAGUUAAGGGAUUGCAAGCUGCGGGGCAUAAUAUAUCAGCUGCUACUGUUAUACAAUUAAAAGGUGAACCCGGCGAACCUGGACCUCCUGGACCGCCUGGACCUGUGGGUAUCGCUGGAAUACCAGGACUGGACGGAAGACCUGGAACUGGUGAAGUAGGACCACCUGGUGAGAAAGGCCCUGCUGGCGAAACAGGACCAAUUGGACCUGCAGGCCCACCUGGACCACCUGGAAAUAAGGGAGAUAAGGGUGACAAAGGAGAUAGAGGACUGACAGCCACAUUAAAAGGUGAUCAAUUGUCGACGAGUAUUAUUGAAGGGCCGCCAGGGCCGCCGGGACCACCAGGUCCACCAGGUCUUGGAGAACGUGGUGAACCAGGACCAGUUGGCCCGCCCGGACCGCCUGGAGAGAAGGGUCCACGAGGGAAACGAGGAAAACGACUUUUCGGUCAAGGCAAAGAAAACGAAUACGAAGACGAUGUUACAUUACUCAGAGGACCUCCAGGCCCACCAGGAGUUGAUGGACGUGACGGAAAAGACGGUAGAGACGGAACGAAAGGCGACAAAGGUGAGCCUGGCGAAUCCGGAUCGUUAGGUCCACGUGGAUUAGAUGGUUUACCAGGUGAGCCAGGAAUUGAAGGACCACCAGGUUUGCCGGGAUAUCAAGGUCCCCCUGGCGAUAAGGGAGAUCGAGGCGAUAUCGGACCUCCAGGAUUAGGACAUUUAGGACCACCAGGUCUUCCAGGUCCACCAGGAUAUCCGGGUACUAAAGGAGACAAAGGAGAUCGCGGUGAUUCCAAGUAUCGUAAAAUGAGAAGACGACAAGACGAAGGGAUGGCUGAUGCACCACAUUCACAGCAUUCGCAUUCAAUGUCGACAAAUGUAGAAUAUGUAGUUGGACCACCUGGACCGCCUGGUGCGCCUGGACACGGUGGUCCACCCGGGGAGAGAGGAUUAGAUGGUCGAAAAGGUGAUCGUGGCGAAAAAGGUCACAAAGGUGAUACUGGUCCAAUGGGACUGCCGGGUCCAAUUGGAUUUCGUGGUGAAUCGGGUACAGCUGGGCCCGUAGGACGGCCUGGACAAUCGGUGUGGUCAUAUUAACCGAAUUAAAAAUCCGCGUAAAUCGGCGAGAUAAUAUCAUUCCCCAAGAUUAACAAAUCGAUUGGCUUCUGAAAGCUUAACAAAAAAUAAGAGGCAAAAUGUAAAAAUGUGUAACAAAAGCUGUUAAUUUAUGAUAAAGAAAAGUGAAAAUUGACAAAAAAAAAUAGAAUUUUAAAAGAAGCAACAAAAUAAAAUAAAUGAGAAACCAUGUGUAUUUUACGGAUGUGCGCGCACUGUGUUCACGAUUAGGCAUGAUACGAAUGGCAAAAAUAAAACCAUUUUCUAAACAACAGUAUUUAAUUCGAACAAGCAAAAAUUUAGGUAGAUAAAGCUGGCUUGAUUAAGAUUGUGUGAUUGAAUAGUCACUCCGACCAUACGUAAAUUUCCAUCACGUUUUGAUAACAAUUUUCAACUCUCCAUUGAAUAGCCAUUGAAAAAGAAAGAUUCUUAUCAAAAAUUUAUCUUUGAAAUACAAAUCGAGAAUUAACCGCCACUGCUGAACUAAAACCUCACAUUCGAGCUAAUAAAGGCGCACACCAAUUGAUACUUCAAUUUUCGAUUAUUCGAAUUACUUCAAUUUCGAUGCAGCCAAAUAGAUUCCAUUUCCACGAAGCACUUCUGUAGCAUUUCGGUGCAUACAUGUAAUUGUUUUCGAUUAGCAUUUUCCUCUUCGACAUAAGGGUGAAAUUGUACCGCUUUGCUAAACAUGAAUUCCCAAAGUAAUUAAAUAAAAUUUGCACAAUCGGCUUACAGGCUUGGAAAAGAAAUCGUUUAAAAUUACGUCGAAAUUUUGUAAUUAUCGCUAAUGUCAGAGAAUUGUUGAGUUAUUUAAGCGAAUCUUAUCGGAACAAUUCUCAAAUGUGUGCGUAGCCAAUUGUGCUGAAACAGGAAAAUGAUGAACAUCAUCUUCAGGAUCCAAUUUUCUUGUUUGUUUUUCUCUAACACACUUGAACUGUUCAAGAUGUAUCUUGAUAGCGAGGUUAAUUUG